UGUUGACUAGUCUGAUACUUUGCAUAUAAAGGCACAAACUGUGUGUAAAAAGUUAGAUUUCAUUAGAAAGAGAUUAGAUUUGUUCAUGAAAUUGACAUCAUCUCACAUGUCUUGUAUCAAUUUUUAGUAUUUUACUUCAAACCUGUCUGAGAUCUCACUCACAACAGCACAGUAAAAUAAAGACUUUAGGUUGGUUUGGUCUUCUUUUCAUUUUCUUUCUUGUCGUUUCAGAAUUUUGCUGAGCAGCUCAAGUGCAGUGUGACAGGCCUCAAUUGCUUGGUGGGCUUUUGAAGUCCUUUUGACUAGGAUCUUUCUCCAGCUGACUUUGAGGGAUAAGAGCUUCAUAUAAUUGACUACAUCAUCUCAGAUUUUAUAUUGAGACUAAAGAGAAACAUGGAUCAGAAACUAGAAGCUUUAAAGGGCGGUGGAGGAUCCAUCAGGGUUGGCACUACUGGAACAAUCAGUGCUCUGAUGACUAAGGAACUGGAAUCCGUUAAAUCUGCCCCACAGACACCAAGAUCUCAUCCUGUUUCAGUUUCCUGUGGCACUACUUCUAUUAAAAGACUACAACCAAGAAAAUCAUUAGAUGGAGCAAGCACAAGUGGUGGCAGCAGUAGCAGCAAUAACAAUAAUCAUAAAAGCCAUGAAAUUCCCCAGAAAACAAAAGGCCAUAACAAGGGUACCCAUCGAAUCCCAAUGCUGGCCUCUGAUAACAUUUCUUUGGACAGAACUCCUAUUCUGCUGAAAAAUGGCAAGAAAGCAUCUAAUAUUGUGGAAAUUGUAGACAUAAAAUGUGGGCACCAGGAAAGAGCAUGGGCUAGCCCUAUAACCAAUAAACUCAAGAAACUUGGAUUCUCAAAACUAUCUGAGAGUACCAUCUAAGCCUGCAACUUCUUCGUAUCAGACUUCAGGCUCCUAAGACUUGAAAUCCCGAUUGGUCGACUGUUGUCUGAGACUUCCACCAUAGAACAUACGCGUGGUAACCUGCUAGCUCUCCUCCGUUGCUUCUUUUGUGUUCUCAAUGCAGAUGCCAUAGUUGGUCUAGGAUGGGUACUAGAGGAAGCAAUGUCUUCUACAACAGACUGAGGCUGCCUUGAGCUAUCUUGGCUGCUUAUUUCAAGCUGGCUAAAAUGCUCAAUUUCUCUCAUUAUGAGGGAUCCUACGGUACCUCUGGUACCGAUUUCUACAUGAGCGUCCAUAGCCAUUUUCUCUGCAAGCUCUGCAGCAAUGUUGCUGGAUUUAUACAUGUUUUGUCUGGUUUAAGUUAGUCAAGAAAAGAUAAGAGGAUGUAGUUGAAGACUGGAUUGUUUUCAGCCUAGUCUUGGUGGGGAAGUUGCCUUGAGUCUGAAGCACUAGUUGAUUGGCCUUAUACACAUGUUUUCACAUGACUUCUUUACCUCAUGUUCUUUAUCCAAAGUAGAGUUGACAGGAUUAGGUGACAUGUUCAUUCUAUUUGUUGCAAGAAAUAUCUCACGUCAUGCUGACAUGGACUCCUGACAAAUCUACUGAUGUGUGAAGCUGUUAUGUUAGGGUGCAAAUGAAGACUGAGUCUGCUGGUUACUUGUGUCUUUAUACCUUCAAUAAAAUUAUUUGUACUCACUUUAAGUACACAAAUAGAUA